AUGGCGGCCCAAAGCCGCCUCCACGCCAUGCCUCCUGUACCGAGAUGUACCUACAUGCAACCUCAUACGCGGCAUUCCGCCUUUCCCCUCUUUUCCCAUGCCCUCGAAUUCCACUACACCUCUCCAGCUUUAGCGCUGGCGCUAGUUUUCGAAAUAAAACCUGCUGUCAACAUGGAUAAACAGGCUGACGAUAUUGCAGUGGAUCCCAACUUACACUCUAUGGGGGAUGGCCUAGACUUGGACGAUUUCCAGUCGGAGACUACCUCUAUCGCGUCGACGAUCGCAAAAGGAAGGUUAGAGAAUGGUCGAAGGUAUCAGGCAAUAAAAGAAGAUGACUAUUGGGGUCCUUCUGAUGAACAGCAAUUCGAGGCCUUUGAGAUUAGUCAUAUAUUAUUUCUCGUGCUCGAGUACCAGCAAACAAAUCCUCUUUUUCGCGCUCCUAUAGGCGACUCACCCAAGCAUAUUUUGGAUAUCGGAACCGGAAAAGGAAGCUGGGCCUUCGACGUUGCCGAUUUCUAUCCAUCAGCGACCGUCCGCGGCGUGGACAUAUUCCCCCCACCAGUGACCUGGGUGCCCCCUAACUGCGUGUUCGAGGUAGACGAUGUGCUCCGCGAGUGGACAUGGCGAGACCCGUUCGACUUUAUUCACUUGCGCAUGAUGUAUGGUGCAUUCGAUUCCAGCGGGUGGAACCAGGUCUACAAGCAGGCGUACGAUGCCCUCGAACCGGGUGGUUGGAUCGAGCAAAUGGAGCUAGACAUACGAGUCUACAGCGACGACGGGACUUUGAAGAAAGACAGCCUUCUCGCUGGAUGGGGCGAUCUCUUUAUUAGAUGCUCUGAGCGAGCAGGGCGGUCACUGACAACACAGCAAACGAUGCGCGGCGCGAUAGAGAGGGCUGGGUUUGUCGAUGCUCACGAGAAGCUAUACAAGAUACCGCUGGGCCCCUGGGCCAGAGAUAAGGUACUCAAGGAGGUUGGGCAAUUGCAGUAUGCGCACUGGAGCGCUGCCAUACAUGGCUGGGCGAUGUGGCUUCUCACUAGGUUUGGGGAACCGGAACCGUGGACGAAGGAUGAGGUUGAGAUCUAUCUCGCUGGAGUGCGAUUGGAGUUGAAGAACCCUCGCACGCAUGCGUAUGGUUAUGGGCGGCGUGUUUGGGCGAGGAAGCCGGAGGUCAAGACCGAGCUAUCACCCUAA